GCGUACAAACGCGUUCGAACGAAUUGAGCAGCCCUGAGGGUAACCUGUACUCGAGUCUCGGGUCACCUCUAAGGGGCGGAUUCCGGAAGCGGGAGAACAUUCCUACUGGGUAGCCGGCCCGUGACGACAUCAGACGUCGCCGGGAGAGCGGGGUAAUGCGCCGGCCGGUGUUGAGGUGCUGCCGCUGGGCUGGGGAGCUGUGGCCCAAGGCGGUCAGUAGGGCGGCCGCAGCUAGACCUGUGGACCUCGCCUAUAGCCUAAUAGAUGGCAGAAACUCAGAAACUCCCCUCGUCUUUCUCCAUGGACUCUUGGGCAGUAAAUCAAACUUUCAUUCAAUUUCUAAAGCAUUAUUUCAGCGAACAGGCCGGACGGUGGUGACGGUGGAUAGCCGUAACCAUGGUGAUAGUGGACACAGUCCGGUGAUGACCUAUGAAGCAAUGAGCCUUGACCUUCAAAACAUGCUGAACAAGUUGGAGCUACCUGAGUGUAUCCUGAUAGGACACAGCAUGGGUGGCAAGAUUGCAAUGACAACAGCACUGCAGAACCCGGGGCUGGUGAGAAAGCUUGUUGUUGUGGACAUCAGUCCGGUUCGAACCAUCUCGCAAACACCUUUUCCGGAUUAUAUUGCUGCUAUGAAGGCUGUAACUGUGGAUGAGACUUUGUCAAGAUCCUCUGCACGCACCGAAGCUGACAAACAGCUGCAACUUUGCAUUGAGGAUGCCCGUACCCGGCAGUUUAUCUUGACUAAUCUGGUGGAACGCAAUGGUCAAUACAUUUGGAGGGUUAAUCUGGAAGCUAUAGCCAACAGUUUGGAUUACCUCCUGGGCUUCCCAGAUUUCAACAUUCCUUUUACUGCCCCUACCAUCUUUUUGGGAGGGGAUAACUCUUCCUAUAUUAGCUCCAAGGAGUAUCCUGAGAUCAAGCGACUGUUUCCUAAUUCUAUUAUCCAACAUGUUCCUGAAGCUGGCCAUUGGGUUCAUUCUGAAAAACCAUAUGAUUUUAUAAAUGCCAUCUGUGCAUUUCUGGGGACCAGCUAGCAAACAAUAAUGGACGAAAGGAAAACUCCCUAUGGAGACCUUCACCAGAUCGACUUCUUUCUGUGCUGCUAGACAAUGUUUGUCAAGUCUGUUUUGUGGGCUAUAAAGCUGGUUAUAAGUUAACUUGGAACAGAAUGAUCACUCCAUGACCAUAGUGUGAAUGUAAUUAUAAGUUAUAUGUUUAAACAUGAAGGAGUAUGUGUAUAUAUUUUUUAAAAGGUUUAAACACAAAAACCUUUGAAGAAGUGGUUCUUGGCAUAAAGAUCAUUGAGUGGCCAUGGUACUUUAAACAUAUCAGAUUGGAAUUUCCUGGCAAUGAAAUUGCUGCUUCCCCACCACUCAGUGUACACUUGUCUGGAGUGAAAGAUUCUAGCUCGAUUGUGCUUAGCCAGGUAACACACAAUGCAAGUUCUUCCACUUGUAAGUAACAUCCAGCAGAAAGACCUGAACAAGCUCUCUACAGUCCUGAUUUUGGUGAAGCCAUUGCCCCAGACUGUGAACUAUCUCAAUGUGUCAUUUACAAAUGUUAAUAAAGAUUCAAAAAUU